UUGCUCAGAAAUAAAAAGUCGCAGCCCUGUGCUUUUUGAGACCACUAGGCUCAGUCACAGUACCCUUGGAGCACUAUGGCUGUGACACUGGGUUACUGGGACAUCCGUGGGCUGGCUCACGCCAUCCGCCUGCUCCUGGAAUACACAGACUCAAGCUAUGAGGAGAAGACAUACACGAUGGGGGAUGCUCCUGACUAUGACAGAAGCCAGUGGCUGAGUGAGAAAUUCAAGCUGGGCCUGGACUUCCCUAAUCUGCCCUACUUGAUUGACGGAGCUCACAAAAUCACCCAGAGCAAAGCCAUCCUGCGCUACAUUGCUCGCAAGCACAACCUGUGUGGGGAGACAGAGGAGGAGAAGAUUCGUGUGGACAUUUUGGAGAACCAGACUUGGGACUUCCGUGUACAGUUUGGCAUGUUCUGCUACAAUCCCGACUUUGAGAAGCUGAAGCCUGAGUUCUUGGAGGGCCUCGCUGACAAGAUGAAGCAUUUCUCCCAGUUCCUGGGGAAGCGGCCAUGGUUUGCAGGGGACAAGAUCACCUUUGUAGAUUUCCCGGCUUAUGAUGUCCUUGAUAUGCACCGAAUGUUUGAACCCAAGUGCCUGGAUGCAUUCCCCAACCUGAAGGACUUCAUGUCCCGCUUUGAGGGACUGGAGAUUUCUGCAUACAUGAAGACGAGCCGCUUCCUCUCCAAACCCCUAUUUUUAAAACUAGCCAAGUGGGGAAACAAAUAGGACUGUAUAAUGACAAGACUCAAAAAGAGGAUCUGUCUACACCCUUGGCCCUCUCACCUGGCUCCCCACAUGGCUAUCUCAGUCUUCUCCAUCCUUUCUCCCUCCUUCUACUCCCUUCUCCGCAAUGCCUAUAAUCUCCUUUUUCUACUCAGGCCCACCUGCAAGUGAGCCUCUGUAAGCUUCAGAUCUCCAUUUCUUCAGCAAAGUCAUCCCACUCUCCAAUUGUAGUCCUGGCUUUGAAUCCAACCAGACAACCUCUGUCUUGAUUGGAGGAGCUUGACUGACCCUAGUCCCAACAUUGCCUGAAAGAUAACUCUACCUGGUGCAUAGGCCUGGGCCUCCAGUCCUGUGUGACCCCUUCCCUGCCUAGUAAAGCCUGAGCUACACGA